UACUUGCAUAUCAGUCAUGUAUAUGUCCAAUCUAUAAUCGCCAUCCACAGUCAGGCAUUCACGAGCCUCAUUGGCACUUCCAUUAAUAAUUCGACUUAGCGAGGCCUAACAAGUUUAGCUUAUAAAAAUAGGCAAGCCCCAAAGUAGGCUCCUUCAUUAAUGGAGGAAGGAGCCUCUCCAUAGAAUUUAUGUCACUCACACCCCUCUCUCUCUCUCUCUCACUACUCAAUACUCAUCCAUCACUUUCUCACACAUCAAGAAGAAUUUUCCUUCACUUUGCACAAGAGAUAGAGAAAACUAAGCCUUUAAUUCUUUUUUUUUUUUUUUUUCUCUUUCAAAUGGGUGGGAAUUCAAGCAGGCAUAGAAGGGGGGUUUUAUGUGAGAAAAAUCAUGUGAAGGGGUUGAAGGAAAAGAUCAGAUUUAUCCAAGAGGAAGUGAGUCAUGAUAAGUCAAUGUAUGAGAGGGUGAAAGUGAAAGAAAUUAAUAAAAGUAGUAAUGGUAUCACUACUACAGCAUAUGAGAAGGAAAUGAUGGCUUUUGCAUUCAAGAAGGCUGAGUGGAAGCAAGAGAGGAAGAAGCUCAAGGAGGAGGUUAAGAUGUUGAAGGCAAUGGUGGAGGAGAAGGAUGAGAGGAUUAGAGAAAUUGAGGAGGAAAGUGUAAAUAUUGGGGGAGAGAAGGGUGGUUGUGUAAUUAAUGGGAAAGAACAGUGGGCUUUUGUGGGUGCUAAUUUUUUGGUGGAUCAAAUGAGGGAAGAGAGAGCAAGAAGAGAUGAGACUGUUGAGAAGUGGAAGCAGCUUUACCUGGCAAUUAAGAUGGAGCUUGAUGAUCUCAUUCAGAGGACUCAUGAAGGUGGAUUAUAUUGGAAAGCAGAGGAGGAAGACAUGGCAGAAGAGCUAAAAAGAGAGCUACAAGCAAAAGAAGAGACCAUAAAAGAUUUGAAAUCAAGAUUAGCUUGUAUGGAACGAGAAUUGUACAAGAAAGACAGAGAGGUGGACAUAUUGAGGCAAAGUCUGCGGAUUAUGAGCAGCAAGAAAGUGUUGCACGCCAAGACUCCAUCCAAGAAAGUUUUUGUCACACAAGGUCGGAAAUAAUUGUAGAAAAUUAUAAGUUGCAAAGAAAAUUGCUCAUUUUUAUUAAGGCAAAAGAACUAGAUAUGAUGAUGCAUAAUUGAGCAAUUUACUAGUAGUAGCUUAGAUGUAAAUAGGCUGAGCUAUAAAUGUUGUGUUUUUUAUUUUAUUUUAAAGAAUGUAAUGUCCCAUGGUCCCAAAAUAAGGAUAAUGAUGAAUUUGCUCUCAGGCUUUUUUGAGCAAAGUUUCACAUCCCAACAAGUUAUGAAGUCACAAGUUGGUCUAAUAAACUCCAAAUUUGUUUUUUGUA